AUGGCGGCUGGCGGAGUACCUACUUUAGGAGGCUACGAAUACGAGUUUGUUGAGGAUAUUCCUGAUGACUGGGAAUGCCUUGUGUGUCAGUUACCUCUUAAAGAUCCUAUUCAGAUCGAGGGAUGCGGCCACAGACUCUGUGAGAUAUGUGUUGGAACAAUUUUGAGGUAUGAAAUUGGAUGUGUUUCUUGUGCUCAUGUGCGGUUUACUCGGUCAUUUUUAAAACAAGUUUCUCUGAAUCUGUAGUCAUCUGCGAGAAAAAAAAACAUACACACAAUUCGGACGUAUAUUUAUUUCGUAUAAUUAGCUUUCAGUCGGGCAUUCAGUGCGAAUGAUCCCGUACGAUAUGCUAAGUGACUUUUCGUGAUCUUGUCUUGUACAGUUAAAGUAUUCACGUGGCUAGCUGCCUUUCUACGCCAGUCAUUUUAAUUCCUUACUAACUUUAGAGAGCUAGCCCAACCUAAUUCGCUUAAGGAGUUUUACAUCCUACAAUCUUCAUUUCGCUUUUUGCAUUUAUAUGUGAGUGUUGAUUGACUGGGGGCGACCUACGGUAAAGCAAUUUAGUAAAGCGAGGGAGUUGUCAUGAAUAUUAAAUACACUUCGAACUGAUCUUUCGUCGCGUUUGAGAGAAGACAACUUACAACUUGUAAAGGUCGCUUAUUUACUCAAUAACGUAACUAGAGAUAGAAAAGAAAUCGUGUUUUACCUUAGGGUAUAACGCUUAGAAUGUCGUUUAAUAAUUUCAGGCGCCAUAACAAAUGAACCAAAUCAAUUCCACAUAUCCUAAAACAAUCAGCGAAGUUUUCAAAGAAGUAUCUAAUCGUUUUACUCAUAGAGCCUAAUGGGAACCUCAAAAUAAAGCCUUAUCGUUAUAAAAUGAGAGAAAUUAAAAAACUGUAUCUGUUCGCUGACGGAAUCACUUCCUUCUUUUAGAUCCGCGAAACCGCAGUGCCCAGCAGACAGAGAGCCGAUAUCACGAGAAAGGGUAAGUGAAGACAUGUGGAGGUCCCUUUUAUCCUACCUAAGCAACUUUUAAGAUUAUUGAAAUCAUGCCUUAUAUUUCUCUAUGCUAAAACGUAUGGGACUAGUGUUACAUUUGAUAUUACCUCAUGAUACCAAUUUAUUUCAGUGUAAGCAAACAAUGCAAAUAUGAUGUAUGACGUGAUAAUAUACGACAAGGAAACAAGUUAUCCGGAACGUCAUCAUCAAAUUUUUUUAAUCUCUUCUCCUCUUUCAACACACUGACAUGUUUUAUGCAGCGCUUUAUCCACUAGCAUUAUAUAUUUUUUAAGGAAGUGUAGGAAACAUUUGCGAUUAUCAUGAGACUGAAGGAGCGCUCCUUUGUUCGUUUACUUUACCAUGUUUUGGUCCAUUGGCCAAUUUUAAAAUAGUAACAAUUAAAUAAACUUUUUCGCGUCGCCGUUGCCUUACUCCAUAAAGAGGGUUGUUAUCUGUCGCGUAACUUUAAAAUGUCUUCCAGCAACUAUUUAUGAAAGAUUACCCUUUAUGAUAAAUAUUUAUUUAUUUUCCCUGUUGGUGAAGAAUUUAACAAAACGAUAUCAUAUUAAAGCGUGAACAAAUUCGCUCUCUUGAAAUCAGAAAAUUACAUACUGGAAGUAAUUGUUCACUUAACGUUUCCUUUUAAGGUCAUUUAAUAGCAUCAUUGAGAAAAACGUUGUAUUGAUUCUAAUUUUGCCCUAAUAAGGUUUAAAACGUUUGUGUUUUUGUUUUUAACCCUAUUUGGAUAAAAUUUAGCGUUGGCUUUUGAUAAUUCGUACCAUCGUUAUGUUUCCGAACAAAAACUAAAAAGAUUCUUAUUAAAUAAAUAGACUCCGUGUUUACGUCUCUGUGGCUGUUAACGACUUCUCUGACAUGCGAACAGUUGCUUAUGCAGUAAAAUCAAAAUUCCUGCUUAAAACACUUCACCUUCACCCCCUGCCUUCAGUCCUCGAGAACGAAAAAGUCCUAAUCAAUGUUUUGUUCCUUCCAAAAUCCUAAGGUUGUUUCACUCUAAAGUAUGUUGACACAGCCCAUUAGAAUUCCGGAUUUAUGUACUUGGCUCCGUCAGUCCGAAGUAUGGAAAACUGGGCUUAUAGCUAACAAGAUGGUCUAGCAAUUUUUAUCUCCUCUUUAAAUUUUAUCACUUUUGAUAACUUUUCCCUGCUAUCUCUGAACAAACUAACAAACAGAAAAAUAACACUGCAAGCUGCUUAUUCAAUUUUCAGGUCAUCCUAUGUUUGACUGUAGUCCCAAGCUGCAGUUGAUAGAAUUUUGCGAGACCUGCAGGCAAAAAGGAAACUGAGGCGGCGUCCACACUAAUGUGUGUUUCCCUUCUUAAUUGUUGCACCACCUUCCAUUGUUCUACACCACUGGACCAGUGCAAUGUUCCAUUUCAUUUUUCUUCAAUUAUGUGAUUUUUUUGCCCCCUAAUUAUUUUACAGAUUUUUUCUGACGUUGCAUGUCAUCGCAAAAUACUGGAUGCCAAGGUCAAAUGUCCCAAUAGAGAUUGCACCUGGACCGGAGAGCUUAGAGACGUUGGGGUAAGAGUUGAUCAUUUCACGCUGCGAUUUUUCGCCCCUUUUCAACCGUCCACUAUGUUCAACUUUUAUUGUAACCAAAUCGGUACCUCCCUUUGAAGAUUGAGGCGCAUUUGACAUAAACUGUAUGCUCGCAUACCCAGUUUCUCACUGACUUAAUACAUUUGGACCAGAAGCCUUAAGUUUCAGCAUAUAGACACCGAUGAAAUACCAGGAUUUCUCCAGUGACGAAAAUUCGGUAUUCAGUGAAAAUGCAAUUUUAUCCUUCUCAUGUGAAGAUAUCACGGUUGUCAUGGCUACUUCAGUCUCAGCCAACAGGAAAAGAGCGUCACAGCAUCUCGCCAUCGGUGUCUAUAUAAUAAACAGAAUAUUACGUGCCCACUUGUGGAUACGAAUUUUAUUUGGGUGUUCAACUCGCUACCUCACGAGUGAGCGCAGCGAACGAGUGAGAUAUCGAGUUGAACACUCGAAGAUAAAAUUCGUGUCCACGCGCGGGUAUGUAAUAUCCUCAAUACGUUCUUAUUUAGAAACAUCAAGACGACUGCAGUUAUGAACCAGUACACUGUAUCAACGCGGGCUGUGAGGAAUGUGUUCUUCGCAAGGACGUCAUCACACACGUGGAGACCUCUUGCCUCUGGUCUGUGAUGCAAUGUGCUUUCUGUGAUGUUAGUUUUCCCAAAUUGGAGAAGAAUGUGAGUAGCUUCUGAACAAAAACCGCAGCCUUUGUAGAGAGAAUGUUUUUAGUUCUCUGAGGCGCCACUGCCACUGUCUCUUAAAAAAAACCACGAUCAGGGUCGAACAUUUGAUAGAUGCUUUGAAUAACAAAAAAGAAAAAUGUAUAAAACUUAGUGCCUAGAGGGAUGUUGUGUCUGGCUACGUAUGUUCAUUGUCAUUUAUUGUCAUUGUAGCGUUCAUCAGUUUGAAUUUUUUCGCUCUCUUCGGUGGGUGUUCUUCGGCUUCUGGUCUCUUCGUAGUGAUCGGAACGUCGACGUUAACAUCAACGUCAGUCGCGCGUCGGUCUGCACAGUCACAGCAGACGAUGUCUAGCCUUCAGGGGCACAUCUAGAAUGGUCACUCGAGACUGAUUUGACAAUGAUGGUGACGAUGAUGGUGAUGAUGAUGAUGAUGAGGAUGUUAAUGGUUGAUGAGUAACAAUUUAGAUACGUAUCUUGCACCCCACGAGUCCUAUUUCCAACACUACGUCCCGUUUGUGUUCCUGUUUUCUUGUUUAGGCGCACAAUGAAACCUGUGGGAAAUUUCCAGUCGAAUGCAGCAAUAAAUGUGGACUGAAAAAUGUACCAAGAGAAGAGGUAAACUAUUGACUAGAUAUCAGAUUUUCAAUUCUGGGAAAGGUCGUUAUAACCCGGGCGCGCCCUCUCAAAUAUGCCGGGGCAGGGGAAAUCGAUGGAAUUAGAGGAUCAAGGAGCAAGAAAUAAAGAUCGAGGGAACUUUUCGGUCUUCCAACUCUUCCUACGAGUUGCCCUCUGCGUAGAGCGGAUUCUGCAUCCUCGAUCAAGCAGCUCAGUAUGAAUGUUGUAGAGCGGCCACUAUUGUUUCUCCUUUCAUAAUCCUUACUAAUUUUCACACCGUCUUUAAUUAGAUCUCCUUAUGGUGACUGCAUGAUAUUAAGUUGUUUUACUGCUUUAGGUUUUUAGCUGGUAUCCUCUCUGCAAGAGCACAAAAUAGGCGUAUUCUUAAAUGCAAUUGCAUCGUAUUAGCGAUUUUGUGUAGGUUGGUUCGAUACAGCCCCCUUUGCAAUCAUGAACAGCUCUCACCGCUAGAAAAUGAGUAUCUUUUGUUACUCUUUGACUCAUGAAGGACCUGACCGAGAUUAUUAUACUUGUACGGGAUAAAGUACGGGUAGAAAAUUUCAAACAUAUUCUUCCUCAACAGUUGCUUGACCAUACCGAACGACUUUGUCCGCUGACCGUAAUCGAUUGUGACUAUGUUGCCUUGGGUUGUGCAAUUAAGGUAAGAGAUUUAUUUGGUCCGGUUUGUUUUUGGUCAAUUUUGCUUGUUUUAUUUUUAUUAUUUUUUUAACAAUAUUAGAUUAUUAGCAAAUCUAUUGUUGGGGUAUUAGCAAAUUAAUAACAAAAACUGUAGAAUUAAUCUAGAGCAGGGCCUAGUGGAUUUAUGAAGGCUCACUGUUUGAAUGGUUACGCUGAGGAAGUUGAUCACCGCAAAUCAGCGAAAUUUACGUACAAUGAUUUAUACCUUUUCAGAUAUGCUUGUCUAAUAAUUACUCUAUGUUAUAAACAUAUAGAUCAUCGCAUAGAAAUUGAAAUUAAUAGCACUUUGCGGUAAUUUCUGAUGUUCUUUUCACAUGGAAGUUAAACUACUGUACUAGGGGUGAGCUAUGAGGAUAACAAAACAUAACACUGUAAUUGGCAUAAACAGCGUAUUGAUAAAGUAUAUAGUGACGUUAUAUUUCAUUAGUUUCAGAGGCGUGAUAUGCAAGCUCAUCUUGACGCCAUGAAAGACUCUCAUCUUCACUUGGCUUGCAAAGGAGUUGCUACCAUGACCAAAACAAUUGAGGAACAGGCUCAGAAGAUAUCGUUUCUUGAAGAAAAGUUGGAACGCUUACAGAAUUGCCCCUUUAUUUGGAAAAUAUCGAACUUUUCAUCGGUCAUGGCGGCUGCUCAAAGAAGCGAACAAAGGGUGAUAGUUAGUGAACCGUUCUAUUCAUCUCGUAACGGCUACAAAUUUGCGUUGGAAUUGUACCCUGAUGGUUACCAUACCAAUGACACCCUUGAUCAGGAAAAAGGGAAUUUUAUGUCAAUCUACCUGAGGGUUCUGGUGGGAGAGUAUGACGGACUUCUUUUAUGGCCAUUUCAAGACUCGGUCAUGUUUACCUUGCUUGAUCAAUAUUAUUUAGUUGAGAAAAGAAGACAUUUGAGGCAAGAACUACAGCUUGACGCUGGAGGAUUAGCAAGACCAAGUCAAUCGUCGGAACCCGCCUGUGGCGUGUGGGAGUUCGUGUUUCACAAGGAUUUGUAUGCACGCAGCUUUAUCAAGGAUAAUACCAUUUUUAUCAAGGUCACAUUUGUUGAAAACCGGGAAAGGAAAUUUUCAAGAAUUUUUCAUGGUGACUAUGACAUAUAA